GGACAGCAGAGGGAAUCAAUGAUUCUUAUUCAACCGAUUUGAAGCUAGCAACAUGGCGAUUACACACCGGACGUGACCACCCUGGCCAUCUGAGUAUUCACUUGCUUGCAUCCUGCCAGAUGUUCAGGUCAAGUUAUACCGUGCUGAUGGCUGCACCCUUAGGGUGCACGCUCACCAUUUGAAGAUGUACCUCAAGAGCGAUGUGGAUCCGCUCUUGGAGGCACUUGUUCCUAAGCCGCUCUGAGCAUCCACUAUCUGCGUUCAGCUAAAAGAUAGUAAAGAAGCGCUUGUGGGGAGGCAACCGCACCACAGUUUGCAUUUUCUAUUCCUUCUUUUUGAUUUUUGGAUUGUUGAGUCAAUUUGUGUGUUUGUCGAGCUCCCAUUGGGUUGACCACACUUCCUAACGAUUUUGUGUUAGAGUGGCUAUUUUGAAACACCCUAACCCAUCCGGGGACUACUUUUACUAAAAUGCCCUUGAUAAAUAAAAUACACAAAUCUUAAAUUGCAGAGGGAAAAAUUUUCACAAAUAAAAUACUGAAAACAAGCACUUGUAGUUCAAAGCAAAGCCCUAACAUGUGGGCAAAUUGAACUCAAACUUUAACAUCUCAAUCUGAUCUCCAGUCUAUACUCAUAAUCAUAAAUUGCAAAUAACUAGGUAGUCUCUGUCGUUGCCGCUACUGAAAAUCUUAACUAGGCAUCCUCCGUGACGCUUACACUGCCCUUCUCUAGCUGGCUGCCCUUGAAGUUGCUGCCCACUAACUACGCCUCUAGCUCCUUCUCUAGCUCGUCAAACUGGUGAGUGAAAUGGGGUCAGUCUACGCCCUUACGUUUUAAUAAUUCUCAUACUUGAGUAUUUUACUUAAACAUAUAACUUUAACUAGUGGAAGUUGUUUGUACUUCCAAUCUUAAAAUCUUAACUCUUAAACUUUGAGAGAGUUGAAGUUACUCUCCUCUCUUAAAACUCAAAUCUUGACUUAAAUACUUGACUGACACGGGGAUCCCUCACUAGCUAGUCCGGUUGCCAACUCAUACGUAUGAGAAGCCAUCCAGGAUUUCCUUAAACUUAAACUUAGUUAGGGAAGUCGUAACGAUUCAUCCCCCUAACAUCUUAAGCUUAUCGUGGUGGCUCUUCACCCCGAUUCUCAAGAGCAUAACUGCUGCUCAUCUUAAAAGUAUCAAGAGCAUAAUUGUUGCUCUGUCUCAAAGAUCUCAAGACCAUAACUGCUGCUCUAUCUGAAAAUCUCAAAUGGCAACAGACUGGCGCUAGUGACUAAAAACACUUAAAACGACUUCACCGUCUUUAAGGUGGGUUACUUCUUUAAAAGAACUAGUUUCUUACUCUUUAAUAAUAACUUAUACUCGUAAAAAUUUCAAAAUAACUAAAAACAUUCACUUCAAACAUAGCUCAAACAAAAUCACCUCCAAUAGCACAAAAUCAUCUCAAACCAUAACUCAAUCAAAGCACAAAUAAUCAAUCAUACACAUAACCAAGCAACAAUAACCAAUUCGCUAAAAUACUUAAAAUCAUAAUACUUAAAAGAAUACGUAAGGCGUAGAAUUUACCCCCUUUACACUCACCUUACUCCCGUCGGAACUGGCUAUGAUUUUGUUCCAAAGUUUCCAUACUCGCUUCCAAAUAUUACACUCGUACUUGGUUGGACCAGCUUCCAAAUAUUAUAAUUGUGGUAGCUGCAUCACUAGCCGCCACUUUCUAUCAGCAAGUGUCGUCUCCCAUAAAAUGAUGACGCCAUCCGAAUCUCAUGAUAGAAGAUAAUGGCUCUCCAACUUUUUUGCUCUGAAUGCAAACUUGGCGCCAGGAAUCCAGUGAGUGCAAUUGACAGGUGCCUUAUGGCCGGGAAGAGUGGUCAAUAUCUGAGUAGUCUUGGAGCAGAAAAUGGCAACGGCAUCCUGAGAACCGAAGGAAAUGAGAUCACAGGCGCCCCACGAGACGUUAUUCACAAUUCAAUUGCAUCCUGCGGCGAUGACCACGCUCUUGACUAUGACCUCUUCACUCUCCGUCAUUACUGAAUCAGUUGUCGUGGUCUAAAGCAAGAAGCGACAAAAAGAAAAGAGAAGAAAGAGUUGGAAGUUUUCUGCUGGUAUUCGAAGAGCAAGUAAAGCUCAGAAAGCGGAGAACCAGAAACUGGAACAGUAGAGAAGAGAGAGCGGCCGCUUUUGCCAAGAUGCUUCUCGGUGGAAAAAUAAAGGCUGCCAAUUGCUAUUCGGGCGAGGCAGAGUAAAAGUCUUAGGGUUUAAUUAAUUUGAGGAUAUUAUGGGAAUCUCACAAUUACGUGUGAGUUUAAUCCAAAACUCAGUUAACGUCCAUAACUUACUCAUGUUAUGUCAAAACUCCACCUCGUUUGGACCGAGAGUUCACAUUUUUAGUCCCCAUCGAUUUUACGGUGGAAUUAGACAAAUUUCCUCAAGGGUAUAAUAGUCAUUUUGACUUUUGGGAAGAGCGGGGUGUAACAUUUCCUCCACCCUUAUAAAAAUUCCGUCCUCGAAAUUUGGUCGGGCUCAUCCUUCCAUACUCCUCAUUCUCGUGCUUCUUUGGCUCAAGAUUUCACUCAUGCCAUAUGAACUUCAAUGGCGUGCCUUUACCUUGUCUUGAAUAGCUUACUAUAGUUCUUAUAUGUACUCUUGACCAUAACAGGUAUUCUCAUCUAGCUCGGUAGCAUCGAAUGGGUUUGAGUGAUUCAUUGCCCUUUUCAAAAUUUUCCAACUUGGGCCCACAGUGUGAUGGGACCAAAUUUCGGCUCAAUUUAUUUGGUCCAACUGAUUCAGUACUUGCUGUUGAACCUAUAUCAAAGUCGAGGUAUCACAUUUCCUCCCCACAUAUCGAAAUUUCGUCCUCGAAAUUUGUUCACUGUGUUUACCCUAUCCAUCGCUUGUGGUAAUCCUUUUCACUUCGCGGAUUUUUACUUCCUUUAACCUAUACGACAUGCCCUAAAAUCCUUCUCUCCAUUCCCUGCAACUUCAAUAAUGUUGUGGCUUCUUAACCCCUGAAAUUACCUCGGCUGCACCUUGUACACAUAUAGGAACGAUAACUAUCCAUUGUUUGGUAUACGAGACGUUAAUGCUCCUCUUGAACCCUAGGAUUACAUAUGGCGGCUUAUCCUCUAUCCCAUCAGAUGGUAAAAUUCCUUUAACGUAACUCUCGUCCGGAGUUGACCUCAUAUGUCACCUAGGUCCUUGUACCUCCUAACUCUGCAUCUCUUACUUUCUUCCUCAAUGCCUCGUCUUAUCCCCCAACCAUAAACUGAAUGGUCACCGUCUCGUUACUUGCUGCUUAGUGUUGGAACCUCAUACUACUGCUUCUAUUUCCUGUAUGCAUUAGAGGCAUCCUUUGCGUCUUUCUCUAGCUUGCGAUCAACUUUAUGACUUCUUUCCGGAAUCAUGACCUUCCAUUUUGAGUACUUUUUCACUCAUGGCGCAUAACUUAACACUUCCUUAUCACCGUAUAACUUGGAAGUUCUCGUACGAUCUCUUCUAUUGUUCUUUGACCUUGCCUGAAAUUCCUCGUACAGUUUCCCCGUCCAAGGAAUUUUCACCCGAGAGAUCGCCACAUUGCACCCUCAUAGGUGGUAUUGCUUUCACUUUAGGGUAUCCUAGCAGGUUCUAAACUCAUAUCCAUCUUACUUCUUUACUCGUGAAUCCUCUUACCGAUGUUUCUCGCUAGUUCUAUAUGUCCCUCGUCCUUGAUGUAGUCAUCUUGAUGCCCAUAUUCUCUUCUCACUUAUGUACCUUGACCGAUAAGGUUUUCCCUUUGACCGUUCUAGACCACCACACUUCUACUUUAAAGUUGACCAUUGAGCUUCUCCGUUCUUGAUGGGCUUCCUGUCCAACUUAUUCUCCACUGGCAAUCAUCUUAAGGCCCCAUUGUUGACCUUCGUAUUCUUUCGCCGGCUCUUCCUAACUAUCUCUCUCCCUGAAUUUUUCGUUUUAUCAAUUACCACCCUUUUCACCAUAAAUUUCAUUAUAGCCU